GAUGAUUUCAACAUAUGGAUUAAUAUAUAUGUUCAUGUAUGUAUGUGAUAAAUGAUUCAACAAGUCUAACGCAAGGUUACAGACCUGGAAAACAUCGGCCGAAACCUUACGGAUGAGCGGGAGUGGAAACAACAUCGAAAUUCACCAACUUUGUCAUUCUCGUCACAAUUGGACAGCCUGCCGUAUUUUGGGCAUAUCUCCAUCAUUUCUUCACGUAUUUGCAAACCGCUUGAUUAUGUGGAUUCCUAAGAUUCAUUCUCUUGGUAGAAAUCCAAAGUUCAUGGCUACGGCGGUGGAUUUAGGAAGGGAAUUGGUAAGGCGAAAAAUUAGACUUACCUAUGGAGGAGGCAACGUUGGCCUUCAAGGAGCUGUUGCUUCAACAGUCUAUACCAAUGGUGGUAUAGUUAGAGGCUUCAUACCAGGGUACAUAGCAGCACGACAGGUCUACGGACCUACGUAUGGUGCAGAAUACACAGUUUCAAGCAAUUACUAUAAGCAUUUCGAGAUGAAUCAUGUAGUGGAGGCCUUCAUCGUACUUCCUGGAGGGAUUGAUACUAUGGAAGGUUUGUUCACUUUGAUCUCAUGGGCAUCUGAAGGGUUGCACAGUAAACCCAUUGGUCUCUUGAAUAUUGACGGUUAUUUUAAUAACCUAAUCAAAUUUCUAGAUGACGCAGUGAGGCAGAACUUCAUGGCUUCUAGUCAGAGAAAACUUUUCAUCUCUUCUUUCUUUAUUGAUGAGCUUUUAGACAAGCUAGCGUUUGCUAAAGCUUUUCCGGGUCCUGGGGCUAGUUAUGACGAAUUUGUAAAUCCUGGGGCAUUGGACUUAGACUUGCAUUUGUAAUAUUAGUUUAUGUAAUUUCAGUUGAAUUUAUGUUGAAAUAAUAUUGUCCAUGAACAUUAUGAGUUAACCAUAAAUAUUAUUCUAAGUU